AAGAGCCAUUAUACCCUCCGGGAUUCACUCCGCCUCAGGUUCAGAUUCAAGUUCCUCAGGGUAUACACAUACAACCACCAAGUGCACAACCUCACCCAUAUGUCAAUCAUUCUGCAAGUCAACGAUCAACCCACUUGAAUACCAAUUCAGGACCCAUCCCAAUCGAUCCCAUCAUGGUACCAAAUCUUGAUGACCCUGUUGAACAAGAGAAGUCUCACGAAAUGUCAGAACCUGUUAUAAAUUUAAAAAUUCAAGAUAAAUAUGACCAACUCGAAGAGAGGCUCAAAGCGGUUGAAGGUAAUGACAUUUAUGGGAUUAUUGACGCCAAUGAGCUCAGCCUAGUGCCUGACUUGGUUAUCCCACCAAAAUUUAAGACUCUAGAUUUCGAGAAAUAUGAUGGGACAAAGUGUCCUUCUGCUCAUAUCACCAUGUUUUCUAGAAAAAUGACAGGUCAUACCCAUAACGACAAACUAUUGAUACACUGUUUUCAAGAUAGUUUGACUGGUUCAGCAGCUAAAUGGUAUGUGCAGUUAGAUCGAAGCAAGAUCAAUUCAUGGAAAGACUUGGCCAAAGUUUUUCUUGCCCAGUAUAAGCAUGUCUUGGAUACAGCCCCUGAUAGGCUAUCAUUGCAAAAUAUGGAGAAAAAAUCGAUGGAAACCUUCAAGGAAUACGCACAUCGAUGGAGGGAUGCAGCGGCCCAAGUUCAACCACCACUGAUAGAAAAAGAGAUAACCGUGCUAUUUGUCAAUACACUGAAGGCCCCGUAUUAUGAUAGAUUGGUGGGAAAUGCCACGAAAAACUUUUCUGACAUGGUAAUCUCAGGAGAGAUGAUAGAGAACGCUAUCAAAAGUGGUAAAAUUGAAGGGUCUGAAAAGAAGACAGUAACUGUAAAGAAGAAAGAGCAGGAAACACAUGCUGUCACUCACAGAAAUCCCCCACACUAUCCUUUUAUCCCAUAUAAUCCAUAUCCCCCUUACUACCCUGCCACAAACCAAGUUUCUCAACAACCAUACCAUUAUCGAAGCACCCCAACAACCUUAAUGAAAGGCCACCUUGUCGCUCCUACUUAUGCAAAACCGUUGAGACCACCUUACCCAAGUUGGUAUGACCCUAACGCCAAGUGCGAUUAUCAUUAUGGAGUUACAGGACACUCUACUGAAAAUUGCACGGCAUUUAAACACAAGGUGCAAGGUUUGAUAAAUGACGGGCUUUUAUCUUUUGAUACUAAAUUCAAGCCGAAUGUCAGUGGAAACCCUUUGUCGGAUCACACCGAAGGGAAAAUCAAUAUGGUGGGUAAGGAAAAAUGUGAAAAGAUCAAAAGAUGCACAGAUGAAGUGAGGACCCCUUUUGAAAGGAUGUAUGACUGUUUGUAUGAGACGACCAUGAUUCAACCACUAUUUUCGGAUGACAAUGGCAAUCAUGAAGACCCAGACCAUUUUUGUAAAUACCAUGGGAGAACAAUUGGACAUUCGAUUCAAAAUUAUGAGGUCUUUAAGCAAACAUUGCAGAGCUUGAUGGAUAAGGCCAUCAUUGAAUUCUAUGAUGAAUAUGAUGAAAAUAGUGUGAAUACAAUGGGUGACGAGCGUCCUAGCAAGUCUUUUAUCCCUAAACCCCUCACUGUUUACUAUGAUGAAAAAUCAGAGCCCCUAAUUGAGAAAACUAUCUUCUCUCCCAGGACACCAAUGACCAUUCAUGUCCCUAGUCCAUUCCCUUAUCAGUCCAACAAAGCAGUCCCAUGGCGAUAUGAUUAUGAUGUAGCAAUACGAGGGCCUAAUAUGACCUCGAAUAAUCCAAGCAUAGAGAAUACCGCCAACAUAGCGGGAGUAGGAGGAAUGACCCGAAGUGGUCGAAUUUACACUCCUGAAAUGUCAAAAAGGGUCAGGAAAGGGAAAGACAAGAUAGAAGAAGAAGACACAAAGGAAAGCCAAGAUUCCCAACCGGUGGUAAGCUUCAAAGUCCAAAUUAACAAACCGAUAUCAGAAAAAGAAGCUUGUGAAUUUUUAAAGAUCAUCAAACACAGUGAGUAUAGUGUGGUUGACCAGCUGAAUAAACUACCAGCUCGUAUUUCCUUACUGUCACUACUACUAAACUCUGAGCCGCAUAGGAAUGCUUUGUUGAAAGUGCUCAACCAAGCUUAUGUCGAGCACAACAUUUCUGUUGAGAAGGUUGAUCAUAUGGUUGGGAAUAUUAUAGCCCCUAAUUUCAUUACCUUUAAUGAUGAUGAAAUACCUCCGGAGGGACGUGGUAGUGUUAAGGCCUUACAUGUUACUGUCAAGUGUAAGUCCCACACUAUGGCUAAAGUGCUGAUUGAUAAUGGAUCGUCUAUUAAUGUUAUGCCUUUGACAACAUUGUCAAAGCUUCCAGUGGAUCCUUCUCAUAUGCGAAAUAGCCAUAUGAUUGUAAGAGCAUUUGACGGGGCACGAAGAGAGGUAAUUGGCGAUAUAGAGAUCCCAUUACAGAUUGGUCCUUGUACCUUUAACGUUAUAUUUCAAGUAAUGGACAUAACUCCAGCAUAUAGUUGUCUACUUGGAAGACCUUGGAUUCAUACGACCGGAGCUAUACCUUCAUCACUACAUCAGAAGGUAAAAUUCAUCAUAGAAGGAAAACAAGUCUGUGUGGAUGGUGAGGAAGACUUGUUGGUAACAAAGACCUUAGCAACUCCCUACGUUGAGACAGCAGAAGAAGUAAUUGAAUGUUCUUUCAGAGCUUUUGAAGUAGCAAAUGCUACUUACAUAAGAGAAGGGUCAAGGAUGUCGAUCUCUCAAUUGUCAAAAACUACCAAUAUGGUGAUCAAGCAGACUGCUGGCAAGGGUUGGCGAGUUGGGCAAGGCUUAGGAAAAGCUCUACAAGGAAUCACAAGAGCACCAUGCCUGGUUGAAAACAAAGAAAAAUGGGGGUUAGGCUAUAAGCCUUCAGCUACUGAUAAGAAGAAUGUAAUGCUGGAAAAAAAAGAAAAGAGAAUGGCGCGUUUUCUAAUAAUGAACAUUAUGGAUGACCAAGGCAAUAACACCGGGUUUGAUUUUGAAAAUUCGACUCACAUUAGUGAGCUUGAUAACGAUGUUGAUUCAGAAGACUAUGAUUUACCUCAUGAUUUGUUGAAAUGGAUGGAAUAAGAGAAGAAAAUUAUAGAACCCCACCAGGAAUCAACUGACCCAUUAAAUUUGAGAGAUGGUGAUAAUAAGAAAGAAGUCAGGAUCGGUACUUCACUAUCACCAAUUGAGAAGCAAAAGUUGGUGAAUCUACUGCAAGAGUACAUGGAUGUAUUUGCAUGGUCUUACCAAGAUAUGCUCGGGCUUAGCACAGAGGUAGUUGAGCAUAGGCUACCUCUAAAACCAAAAUAUCGACCAGUACAAUAGAAGUUGAGACGCAUGAAGCCAAAAAUGUUACUGAAUAUAAAAGAAGAAGUAAAAAAGCAAUUUGAUGCUGGUUUCUUAGAAGUAGCCAAAUACCCUGAAUGGGUAGCCAAUAUAGUCCCAGUUCCCAAGAAAGAUGGAAAAGUUAGAAUGUGUGUGGACUAUCGAGAUUUAAAUAAGGCUAGCCCAAAUGAUAAUUUUCCAUUGCCACAUAUUGAUACCCUUGUGGAUAACACUGCUAAGCAUUCCACUUUUUCAUUCAUGGAUGGUUUCUUUGGCUACAAUCAGAUCAAAAUGGCUUGUGAAGAUAUGGAGAAAACUACAUUUGUGACAAUGUGAGGGAUAUUUUGCUAUAAAGUUAUGCCUUUUGGGCUAAAGAAUGCUGGUGCCACGUAUCAAAAAGUGAUGGUCACUCUUUUUCAUGAUAUGAUGCAUAAAGAGAUAGAGGUAUAUGUUGAUGACAUGAUAACUAAGUCUCAAGAAGAGGAAGAUCAUGUUGUUAAUCUCAAAAAGCUCUUUGAAAGAUUACGAAGAUACUAACUUAAGCUGAAUCCAGCCAAAUGCACCUUUGGUGUUAAAUCUAGAAAAUUAUUAAGGUUUAUAGUCAGUGAAAGAGGUAUAGAAGUAGACCCUGAUAAGAUUCGAGCCAUUCAAGAAUUAUCAACACCAUGCACGCAAAAGGAGGUGAGAGGCUUUUUGGGGCGGUUGAAUUAUAUUUCUCGUUUUAUAUCCCAACUUACCUCGAAAUGUGAUCCAAUCUUCAGUUUGCUUCGUAAAAAUAAUCCUGGUGAAUGGGAUGAAGAAUGCCAAAAUGCAUUUAAAAAGAUUAAAGAGUAUUUGAUAAGCCCACCGGUGUUGGUUCCACCAGUUGCAGGAAGACCGUUGAUUUUAUAUUUAACGGUUCAAGAAAAAUCAAUGGGAUGUGUAUUGGGGCAGAGAGAUGAAACUGGCAAGAAAGAGCAUGCUAUAUACUAUUUGAGUAAAAAGUUUACAGAGUACGAGACCAAGUACCCCCAAAUAGAAAAAAUAUGUUGUGCCUUAGCUUGGACUACUCGUAGACUUAGACAAUACAUGCUCUACCAUACAACGUGGCUAAUAUCAAAAUUGGAUCCUCUCAAGUACAUUUUUGAAAAACCAUCUUUGUCAGGCAGGUUAGCGAGAUGGUAGGUCAUGCUCUCAGAAUAUGAUAUUGUGUACGUGACACAAAAAUCCAUAAAAGGGAGUGCAAUUGUUGAUUUUCUUGUUGAUCGAACUACAGAAGAUUAUGAACCUAUGAAGUUUGACUUUUCAGAUGAAGAUUUGAUGGCAAUCUUGCAAAAUGAAGAUAAAGAGCCUGUAAGAGAGGUAUGAAAAAUGUUUUUUGACGGGGUCCAUAUAAUGAGGCAUGGCAUUGGAGCAGUGCUAAUAUCCCCAGAAGGAAAUUAUUACCCAUGUACCGCAAGGUUAGAUUUCAAUUGCACAAACAAUGUCGCUGAGUAUGAGGCAUGUGUCAUGGGGUUACAGAUGGCCAUUGAAAAGAAAAUUGAAACACUAGAAGCAUAUGGAGAUUCUACCUUGGUAAUUUAUCAACUAAAAGGUGAAUGGGAGACCAGAGACUCAAAACUAGUGUUAUACCAAAAGCACAUAGCUGGCCUGAGGAAACAUUUUCAAAAGAUUCAAUUUCAACAUGUUCCUCGAGAAGAAAACCAGAUUGCUGAUGCCUUGGCCACUUUGGCAGCGAUGUUUAAGUUAAAUAAUGGUGUGGGAAUCCAACCUAUUAGAGUACAAAUGAAAGUUUCACCAGCUCACUGUUCAAAUAUGGAAGAAGAGGUGGAUCGACAACCAUGGUACUAUGACAUUGUACAGUAUAUCAAGCGUCAAAGCUACCCAGAGCAGGCUUCAGAAAAUGAUAAGAGGAUCAUUAGAAGAUUAGCAGCAGGUUUUGUGCUUGAUGGAGAAAUCCUGUAUAAAAAAAGUCGAGAUCAGAUUUUGCUAAGGUGCAUCGAUGCAGUGGAAGCAAGAAUGAUACUUGAAGAAGUACACGAAGGGAUUUGUGGAACACAUGCUAAUGGGCAUAUGAUGGCCAAACAGAUCAUGAGAGCUGGUUAUUACUGGUCUAUAAUGGAAAAUGAUUGCAUCGGUUAUGCUAGAAAGUGCCACAAAUGUCAAAUUUAUGCAGAUAAAAUUCAUUCCCCUCUAGUCAUGUUGCACGUCUUGGCACCACCAUGGCCUUUCUCCAUGUGGGGAAUGGAUGUGAUCGGACCCAUAACCCCUAAAGCUUCAAAUGGACAUCGAUUUAUCUUUGUGGCAAUCGAUUAUUUUACAAAAUGGGUGGAAGCAGCUUCGUAUACUAGUAUUACGCGAUCAGUAGUGUGUAGAUUUAUAAAAAGAGAGAUAAUAUGUCGAUAUGGUCUCCCGAAAAGGAUUAUCUCAGAUAAUGCUAGCAAUUUAAACAAUAAAAUGAUGAAAGAAUUAUGUGCACAGUUUAAGAUUAAGCAUCAUCAUUCAGCACCAUAUCAUCCAAAAAUGAAUGGUGCAGUGGAAGCUGCGAAUAAGAACGUCAAGAGAAUAUUAGGGAAAAUGACCGACACAUAUAAGGAUUGGCAUGAAAAGUUACCUUUUGCUCUGCUUGCCUAUAGAACAUCAAUCCGAACCUCCACCGGGGCCACCCCAUUUUCACUAGUAUAUGGGAUGGAAGCUGUACUGCCAAUUGAAGUAGAAAUCCCUUCUCUGAGGGUGUUGAUGGAGACAAAAUUGGAUGAGGCAGAAUGGGUUCAAGAUCGUUUUGAGCAGCUGAAUCUUAUUGAAGAGAAAAGGCUCUCAGCACUCAGUUAUGGACAAAUGUAUCAAAGAAGAAUUAUACGAGCACAUGACAAAAAGAUACGACCUCGAUGCUUUCGUGAGGGCGAAUUGGUGUUGAAAAAGAUUUUACCAUAUCAGCAUGACAAUAGAGGAAAAUGGACGCCCAACUGGGAAGGUCCAUAUGUGAUAAAAAAGGCUUUUUCUGGUGGAGCUCUGAUCCUUACAGAAAUGGACGGAGAUGAAUUGCCAAGUCCUGUAAAUUCAGACAUUGUCAAGAAAUAUUUUGCUUAA